AUGUCAAGUGUUUGCUUUUGGGCUAUUCUUUCUGCAGACAACUUUCGAUUUAUUUAUGUAUCUGAUACCACUAGAAGAUCCCAUAUUAAAGAUAGAAUCCUCAACCAUUCCUUGUUGAAUUUCAUUCAUCCUGAGGAGCUUCCUUUGGCCAAAGCUGAUUUGCUUCAUUUUAUGAAGAUAAAAACUUUGGCUAGUGCAGUAACGAGAUGUCGAUUGAAUAAAAUAACAGAGGAACAUAAUCAAGAGUGGAUAAUGACAGAUAUCAUCAUGUAUCCAGCUACAUCUAGAACGUUGUUGACCUUUUUUCAUGAUUGUCAUCAAGAAACAUGCUAUGAUUAUAGAGAAUUUUAUUAUAAUGUGAACGAGAUGAAACAAUCUAUAGAAAACUACAUGGCGCCUACCUUAUUGGACCACUUGUUUCGAGUCUUUCAGAUCUAUGACAAUUCAACAUAUCAACUACUUGCAUCGUGGCCACUCCCUGUAGAUCAUUUGAAGUGCAUCAUGCAGACACCAGAUAAAUUACAUCAUCCCUUAUACAGUCAAGAGGCACAAAGGCAGUUCAUUGAGGACGUAUCCAGGUUGACUCAGAACAUGACCGUGAAAGAGAUCAAUUCUGGGCAUCUAUUACAACCGAGACUUGGAUGCUGUCAACAUAUUUUUUCAAAUUCAACAGUGACAUUGGAUCCAUUAGGUCAAUGUGAUGUAGAGAGUAUCAUCAUCUAUUUUGGUCCCAUCGUAUUUGCUACUUUUCAAGUUACCCCGGUACAUCCUCAAAGUUAUCACCGUCCAGCAAGUAUACAGAGCGAGUUUAGACGAAUGCCUAGAAUUCAUGAACUCCUGAACGAUCAGAUAUUACUAAUACCGCCCAAGGCGCCAAAAGUAGAUGAUAAUACUAUACAACAACAGUUGGUGUCAUCCCAUGGCAGAAUAGGGGCAAAUAAUGACAGUGAUACUAGUGACAGAAGCAAUAUUAAUAUGGAAAGUAGUGGUGGCAGUAGUAUUAGUAACAGUAAAGACAAUAAUAACCAUGAUAAAUUGUCAGCAUUCAAAACAUGGAAAGGCAGAUUUAUUGUUCGAGAGAAAAAGUGUGAAUACUGUCAAGUAUCGACUAGCCCUGAGUGGCGUAGAGGCCCGAGUGGUCAUAAAACUUUAUGUAAUGCAUGUGGUCUUCGCUAUGCUAGGUUAGUAGCAAAACAAGAAAAGCAGCAACACAUUUCAAACAAUGAUGAACUCGUCCGUUUGUCAAAUCCACAAAAGAAAAAGAAGUUGUAA